GGAAAUGAGAUCAAGUUCAAGAUUGACACGGGAUCACAAGCCAAUAUAAUACCCCUACCUACAUUCGAGAAGAUGAAGCUGAAACAAACCCGGUUAGAAAGACCAACAGCAAAGUUAACAAGUUACACUGGCGAUUAUCUACCGGUCGUCGGAGAAUGCAAUCUGAAAUGUAACAACAAGACAUUGAAAUUUUUCGUGGUGAAAACUGGACAAGUUCCCAUCAUUGGUUUGAAAGCUUCUCAAGAACUGAAUCUGAUCAAAAUCAUCAUGAAUGUGAACAAUGUGAUUGGUCAAUCAGCAGAAACCAUUCAUGAGAAAUUUCCUAAAGUAUUUCAAGAUUUGGGAUGCCUAAAGAAUCCAUACCACAUCGAAGUCGACCCUACGAUUAUACCUGUCGUCAGUCCUUUAAGAAGUACACCAGUUGCGCUCAGAGAGAGGCUGAGGUCUUCGCUAGACGAUAUGGAAGAAAAGGGAGUCGUGGAGAAAGUCGAUGGUCCAACCGAGUGGGUGAAUUCGACAGUGAUUAUAGAGAAGCCAAACAGUGACAAACUAUGA